AUAUGAUUUCAGGACCUCCUAGACCUCCAUUUCAUAAUUUUUUGGUUUCUUAUCUUCUUGUAUAUUUGUCUGCUUUGCUUUAGUCUUGCCAGAAGCCAUAACCAAAAUGAUGGCUGGCAAAUUAGGAAGGUCCCUCAUAGUUCAUAUAGUACCCCAUGGACAACCAUUUAUCAGUAAGGGCACUCACUAUACCUUGGGUUUAUUUUUUGUCUUAAUCUACUUCAAUUCAUCCAAUAUAUUUUGUUCUAUUUUUUUUUUUAGAGUGCUUUUAGAUUAUGUUUCAUCUGAAUCUAACUUAUUUUGUGAAAGGAAUUGGAAAUUUAAUAGUUGUCAGCUUUAAAGGAUACUGAGAAACUACAUUAUACUAAUAAAAUUGAAAUAAAUCUUUAAAAAUCUUUUUUAGAUAUUCAGUGAGCUCUAACAUGCAUUCCUGAAAUAUUUGUAAACAAUGUCUCAAAAACAGAUUGAAGGAACAAUGUGAAGGAAAUACUCCAUGAUACCAUAACUAUAUUUUGAAACAGCUCUUCAGCUGUUUAUUUAAAAACAUAGAUUAGGUUUUAAAUUAAAAGAUAUCGAUCAUGAUUAAAUAUCAGUUGUUAAGAUUUUUUGACAAGGAGAAAAACAGGAAUAGGGUUUAAUGGUCUAUGUAUCUUAAUUUGAAAUUUUAGGAAGAGAUAAAUCAAUUAUAUUAAAUAAAAUAGUAACAUUAAUUAUAAACUAUAAAUGAUACAGAUUGUAAAAACUGGAUCAUUGUGCACAUUGUAUUGUUCUUGACACACUUUUUUAUGCACUGUUCUCAUAAAUAUUCCCAUUGUUGCAUUUUCCUCAGUCUUCUAAUUCUGAUCUUGCAGUAAUGAUAAGAUGAUUUUUCGGAAAUUUAAUUUCAUUCAUUCUUUGAAUUAAUUCCUUUGUCUUCAAUGUGAUUGAUUGUACUUCUUGAAGUAGAUUUGCAUUUAUGUCCUUAUUUUUCAAGAUGGGCUUGUUAGUAACCACCUCAUCAUCUGCUUCAUAGAAAUCUAUUACUAUAUCCUCUGAUGGAUCUGAAGGCUCUUGUCCAUUAUGUAUUUCUUUAUAAAAUUCAUCUAACUUUCCUAAUAUGUAUUUUGAUUCUUCUGCGAUUAUAUCAGGGCGUCCUUCUAAAUAACCUAACUUAUUAAGAUGUUUCAGUUGUUUGAUCUGUUUCAAGAGGUUUAAACAGCUAAGUAAACAUUCCUGUUUUGAUUCAUCAGCUUGUGAAACAUUUGUAAAGCAUAUUGCAACUAAUACAGAAAUAUAGUUUCUAACAAGUUGCCUGUAAAAGAACAUUAUUUUAAGGUAAAAAUGUUUAAAUACCCUAAUCCCAAAUAAUUAUGUAUGUUUUAAUAACCACAAACAAAGUCAUCAGUCUAGUUUUUUCCUUCUUUUUUUUUAUACAUUUGUAGCUAACUGCUUUAAAUAAAAACUUAUUUUCAAAUUAUUUUUAAUUAAAAACAAGGAAUAGUAAUAGAAGGAAGCAGAAAAUUAAUUUUUUUCUAAAACAUAUUUUAAUAAAAAAAUGUCAUUAGUAUAAACACAUGACUUUAAACAUAAAGCAAAUAUUGAAAGUUAAAUAAACAUAUAAAUUAAAUAUAUUUAUCUCAGCAGUUGUGUGCAAGUAUGGGCUGGAUAUUCUGGUUUUCUUUUAAUAUGCUUAGCUGAAUUAUAAAACAUUACUGAUAAAAGUCAAUUUAAAAAAUCGGCUGACAAAAAUGUAACAAGUUAAACUAAAUAAAAUUUAACAAAAUGAGAAAAAAUUAAAAAAGCAGUAUUGUCGAACAAAAACACAAAGAUUUUUAUGAAAAUGCUAAAUGAACAACUAAUUAUUUUUACCGUAAUAGUUUAUUUAGAACAUUAAAAACAAAGUGGCGAUGUUUCAAUUGUUUGUUUAUAAUAAAUUCUUAUUGUUCAUUGUGUAUCUUCAUAUCAUUAUUACAUAGUGCAAAAAUUCUUAAGUAGUCCACCUACCCUGUCUUGAACAUUUCUUUUGCACAAUCCAUCUGCAAGUAUUUUACGUUGUUAUGUGAAUAACUGAGAUAGUCUUGAAUUUGUGGAAUUUUUGUUAAAUGAUUUUUUAUGUUGACAUAAAAUUUAAAAAUUGCAUAAAAGAGAAAAGUGGGAGGUAAAGUUGAAGUAAAAAUUGUUUCGCAAAAGGUAAUAGCUUCAUAGACUCAGAACUCCAAACAAAAUUUAAGAACCUUAGACAGGAGUAGAAGAUGUUAACAUAAUGAAUAGAAAUAUUUAUAUUAUUUCUAUAAGUUAUGCUAUUACAUUUAAUACAAAAAUGUUUUCAUUCACAUCAGUAAUGGAUUCAGGAUUACUUUUUGAGGAGGGCUAAUUUUUUUUUUUUAAUAAUAGAAUUUAAAGGAACAAUUAUUUUUAAAAUCCUUAGUUCUAGGAAUAAAUUUCUAUAUAUUUUCUUGAAAUGUACUUUCAUCAAGUAGCAUAAGUACAUGUGGUAUAACUUAAAAAGAGAGCAUACUGUGCUUGGUAAAUCAUUUGAUUCAGAUCGCUCAUAGAAACAAAUAUGAACCAAUGAAUAAAAAAAUAUUUUUCUGUUUUGGAGUCUUCAGCUCCAAAGCCUCCCCCAAUUAAUUAGUGCCCAGGACGUAUCUUAGUAAUGUUAAUAUUUUCGGAAGUUAUUAUAUAAUAUAUACAAUCAUUCAUAUGACCAUGAAUAUAAUUCUAUUUCUGCUUAAAUUUCUAUACAGUUAAUUAUAAUUAUUACUAUUAAUUAUAUACAAUCACUAAUACAUAUAUGAUAUCGAUUGUUUUAAAACAUCGAUGUUAAAUAAUUUAAUCACUUGUAACGGUUCUUGAAAUCGUUACGUUUUGAAAAUUAUCUUUAAAUAAAUAACAAACAAAAAACAAGAUAAAUGAAAAAAAAAAUUGAAUGAUAAACAGUAUAAUAAAAAUUAUCCUGAGAACUCUAAUCUACUGAUAAUGUAUUCUAGAUGGAACAGUAUUCAAUCCAAUUUUAUUAAGAUACAUUCCAUUUGAUUUUUAUAAAAUAACUUAAUUAAUUAAAUAAUUUGUCAAUAUGAACAGAACACAAAAUUUAAAAUAACGAGAGAAAUAUUUUUAAAUUGGGAUUUAAUGCGCAAGAUUAAUUUAUAACUAAUUUAAAUAUUAUUUCAUUGUUGAAAUUAACUCAAAUGUGAUUUAUUAAAGUAAUAUUGCAGUGAAAAAUGUUUUUACAUUGUUGUCAAAACUGAACUUAGUGAGUGGCUGUGUUUUCCGUACUUCUCUUCCCCCUCUUUCAGCACAACAGUGAGACGCAUUAUUGGAAAACCAUUUAACCUGCUGAAAUUGAGUGUAGAUUGAUCAGUAAAACAGUCUCAAGUUAUUGAAGUUGCAAUCUCCUGCUUGCAGCACGAUUCUUCAUUAUUUAUAAGUCUACAGUUUUUUCUAGCUUUACUUCGACAAUGGGAAAAAGGAAGUCUCCAACAAAUGACAAUGAUAGUGGAAAAAAAUAUAAGCGUCCUCCAAGUGCUUAUUCCUUGUUUAUAAAAUCAGCUUGGGAAAAGGAAGAGAAAAAAGAAUCUUUUUCUAAUUUCACUAAAGGAUGUGCGGCUUUAUGGGCCAAAAUGACAGAUGAUGACAAGAAAAAGUUUAAAGACGAAGCAUCUGUAUUAAAAGAAAAGUGGGAUGGAGAAAAACCGGAGGCAAAAAAAAGUGAUUCUAAGAAGAAACGAACACCUGGCCCAUACAUUAUGUUUUGCUCUGAUAUGAGAGCAAAAAUAAAAAAAGAAAACCCUGAUUUCUCUAUGACUCAGAUUUCCAAGGAACUAGGCCGUCUUUGGAAUGAACUCACUGAUGAACAAAAGGCUAAGUAUCAUAAGAAAGCUAAUGAGGAGAAAGAAAAAAAUAAUGAAGAAGAAGGGAAGUCAGAGGUAGAAGAGAAGCUUACAAAGAAGAAUGAGAAAAGUGGGAAAGAUGCAAAGAUUCCUGUUUCAUCUUGAGAAGUUUUGAAGAAAGUACUUUAAAUGGCUACUUCUGAGUACAACAUUGAAGCAUGUCAUUGUAUGUUGAUUAUUUUGUAUUAAACAUGAAGUUAUUAAGAAUUAUCAGUUUUCUGUUGAGAUAAUUCAGGUGAUGUGAGAGGAUAGAUAUGUAACCUCAAAAGAAAUAAGCAUUAUUCUAAUAUUCAUUUAAGUUUGGUUUAAAUUCAGAUUUUAUUGUAAGACACAUAUGUCUAACUGUUGAGUGUUUUCAUAUUUUAUUCUUGUAGUUAUUUCACUUUGUGAAAGUAACCUGAAAUUUUUAAUGUCAAUAUGAGAUUCUCUACAUUUUUUUUUUUUUAAGUUAUUUAUUCUGCUCAAAUCAGCUUAUUUUUAUUGUAUGACCUGAAAAAUAAUUAUAUCAUUAAUCUUUUUCUGCAUGUUUGGUUUCUCUCAAGUGAUUGAAUCAUUUUGAGUGAGCAACCGAUUCUUUUGUAUCUGUUAUUUACAACAUAUGAACAGCAGUCGCCUAAAUGUUUAAUUACUAUUUAUGUUAAAUGUAUAUUUGUGUUUUUUAAAAUAAAAAAAGUUUUGAUUUUAUUUUUAUGCAGUUUAUUAAAAUAUUCUGGUGAAGUAUUUUUUAUUUUUGUUAUAAAAUCCAAAUUAAGAAAUUUGUGGAAAUAUUUUGUUAAAAAAAAGGAAUAAAUUUAAUCCU